AUGCUCAAAGACUUUGAUACAAGACUCAUCGCCCAGCUCGAAUUAGGUAACGUGAUCGAGCCCGUGAUAUGGGAUUACUCGGAGAAUAUCGUGACUAUGCCCGGUUCGUUUCUAUUUUGUUCUAUUUCUUUUGAAGCCAUGCGUCUUUUGCCGCAGAUCGCCAACAACUUUCCCAUAGUUUGGGCGUCAUCAGCUUUCAAAGGAGCGAAUUUUCCAUCCGCGAAAUAUAUGGACAUUCGUCACUAUGAAACGAAUAACAGAGCAUGGAUCGACACGAAA